AUGGGAGUUUUUCGAAGAAUCAAGAUCAAGCGAAAGUCUCAGUUGGUGAAGAAAACGCAGGUUACUCAUCAAGGGGUUACAGUUCGUGAAGUUCCAGCUCCUGUGUCUCCAUCUUCGAAAAAGAGAAGGGCUGAAGAAAUGGCAAAGUUCUUGAAGAAACCCAAACUUGUCGAAGAUGAAGAACUUGUGCCUGAAACUCCUGAAGCUGAUAUUCCAAAAGAAGUCGAAAUCUUUCAAUCUACUGAGAUUUCGAAACCUGCUGACGUCAAGAAUCUAGAAUCAACGACUCUACCACAGGCUACUUCUACCAUCGAUUCUCCUACAUUCCAAUCUAUCAUGAAUCAACCCUUCACCACCAUUUUUUCAACACAGUCCACUGAACCACCACAAUCUUUAUCACCGAUUGCUGAAAUAAUGGCAAUUGAUGAAGAAACUGACAACGAAGGGUUUGGGGAAACUUUCGAAGAUCUUUCUUUUGAUAAAUCAGAAGAAGAUUUCCCGGAUCAUAUGAUAAUGACGAUGAAGCCGUUCAAGAUUUUGAAUUCCAAAUUGAAUUCAAUCUUACAAUCUCAAGCAGAUGUCGGAAAUGCUGGUAUCAAUCUUUUGCAAGUUGAUUCAUUGAUGAAGGAGACGGAAAACAGGCUGCUAUCGAAGAAUUCAGGGCUCAUUCGUGAUUCAGAAAGCCGGAUUUUAGAAAAAAUUGAUCAGUCUGAUAGUUCUACUGAGAAUAGAAUCAAGUUUCUAAGAACUGAUUUUUUGAAGGAAGUUAAAGAUUUGAGGAUGUUUACGAAGGAGCGUCAUGUGCUCUUCGUACAGGAGGUGAAGAAGGUUAGAGAGGAUGUGAAUAUGCAGAUUAGAGAACUUCGUGAAGAAAUGACUAAAGAAGUUCAAACUCUUAACCAGGGGUAUGAUUCUGCACAUCAGAAGAUUGACAUCAUUUGUGAUGUUGUUGUUCAGUGUGUCAAGAGGUUUGAACCGCUCAAAUCACAGAUGACUUCUCUGUUAGCAACAGAAGUUCAACAUUUCGGAGAAUUGGUGAAUCUAAUGAAGGAACUCAAAGAAAUCUCUUCGAAAUCCUCUUCUUCGAUUAUCUCUCAAGAGUAUCUAUCUCAGAAAUUUCUUCAUUUCGAAGCCAUUCUUCAAAAGCAUCUUACUCCGCUACUUCGCAUCUCAAGCCUAUUGCCAAGUAUAUCAGAUGCCCCACCUGCUGUCAAAGGGGUGCAAGAGGGAGAAAAGAGUGUUCAAGAAAAGGCUGGGGAGCAUGAGAUGAAACCAGAAGAUUCGAAGGCUCCAGUCAAACCAACAAUUGUUUCAGCCGCUCCAGUCAUUUCGACUAUGACUACAACGAUUCCGAUUUCAAUACCUAGUACAAAAGGUAUUGUAAUUGGGAAUGUUGUUUCUUCGAAUGUUUCUUCUUCAAAGGGUGCUGCUCCUUCAAAUGAGAAAGAGAAAGGAAAAGGAAUCUUGAUUGAGAAGACAAACAAAGAAAAGAAAGCUGAGGAGUCUGUACAAUGUGAGAAGAAGAGACUUUCACACACUUUACAGAGAAUUCUAUUAUACUCUGUAAAUCAGAAAGCAUAA